CACUGCUGCUGAGGUGUUCUUUGAUGAUACAUAACAGGAAAACCACAGCAUCAAUUCAUGUAAAACAGGUUUUCAUGUUCUAGACACAGAAGACUCGAUGUGUUUCCACAACAAACUACACCAGUUGGUUCUUUUCUUUGCUCUCUCAGAAUUGCUGUUGGGAAACAUGGUCGGACGCCGGUGGCUCCCCUGGAUUAAUAAUCCGUCCCCCGGGUCAAUAACGGUGACCUCAGACAAGCAGGAGGGGGAAACGUCUUCCGGUUUCCUGGGAAACGGACGCAAAGGGAAGCGUGCGCCCAUCUGUCCGGUGGUCGGCGUCUCCGUCCUCUGCCUCCUGCUGCUGCUGCUCAGCUGCGGCGCUGCGGUCUACAACGCUGUGCCGCACAGCGGGCCAGAGUGGAACGGCCUCCUGUUGGAGAACCAGAACAUCAGCGGCGGCCUCCUGACGAGAGCCAACCACCUCUUGGAGGAGCGAGGCCUCCGGCUGCAGGAGCAGACCGGACCCCUCAGCGCCGACCUGAGGUCCGCCGACCUGAGGUCCGCCGACCUGGCCCUGAGUCUGGCGAGCGCCGAGCUGGCGGAGCGGAUUGCGAACCUGACCUCUGCGAACCUGCGACUGGCGUGGGAGCGUGAGCGGCUCCUCCCCCGGGAGGCGGUGGAGCGGAACCACACCGCCCGGCGCCUGCUGGACUCAGAGGAGGAGGGACCGCGGCUCUCCGGGGCCAACGGCCUGCUGGGGGAGGAGCUGCUUCGAGAGAGGGAGGAGAACCGACGGCUUCGAGGAGAGGUCGAAGAUCUGAGCCACCAAUUAACGCAGCUCCAGGAGCAGAAAAGGGACAUGGAGUCGGUACGGGAGGCCUUCCGCUCCCUGGACCUCUACUGCCCUGUCGUUACUCCCUGGACCAAAGAACGGAUCUGCAGAAAGUGUCCUGACAGCUGGAGACUCUUCGAGAACAAGUGCUACUUCUUCUCGUCUCAAACGCUCACCUGGAGCUCCAGCAGAGCCUGGUGCCGGACACAAGGGGGCGACCUGCUCAUCGUCAACAGCCAAGCGGAGCAGAGCUUUGUCUUCCAGAGCGGCCCGGUUCCGCAGCCGAGCUGCAGCCGGCUGUGGAUGGGCCUGUCGGACCGGGAGGAGGAGGGCGAGUGGAGAUGGGUGGACGGCACCAGGGUCCUUUCAGAAGUCCAGUUCUGGCUGAGCAGACCAGGACUGGGGCCGGAGCCCGACGACUGGAAGCUGGACGACCCCCGAGGAGAAGACUGUGGCCUCCUGGAUGCCAGCGAGCAAGCCCUCGGGUCCUGGAUGGACGGUUCCUGUGAGGAAUCCUACAGAUGGAUCUGUGAGAAGAAUGUUUAAUAAAAGGAAUGUUCAAACAAGAACAUUUGUUUCUCUACUUUCAUGUUGUACAUAUACUUUUCCCUGUGGAGGAUGCUGUCGGACUGUUUGAUGCAUACUGUGCAUUCAAUCGUGCUGCUA